CUAGUGUAAUCCCAUUAUUAUGCACUAUAUCAGUUCCUGGUUCUCAUCAGCAUUAAGUGUUUCAAAAGAGAGUACUUUUAUUCCAAAUCUUUUGCAGUUUUAUUGAAAAUAUCCCUUGAAACUUAAUUUCACGAUGUCGUUAAGACGCCCAAAAUCUCCGCACAUGGCUCACAAUGUGAAAAGUGCAGAAAAAGAAGAAAGUUUUUGGGAAAAAUUUAGCACAAUUGGAAGGAAAAAGGGAACGAAGGAGGUUCAAAAAGUUGAAGAAGAAGGGAAACACGCUAUUGAAUCGCCAGGAUUACCAAAUCAAUUUGAUAUACCUCCAGAAGACUAUACAUUAAGGGACUUAGAACAGCGUGCGGUAAUAGACCCCCAGUCAUUAAAUAAUCCUGAAGUAAUUAAGCUUCAACGCAUUCUAAUCGAUUGGUUGAAUGAUGAGUUAGCAGAACAACGCAUAAUAGUGCAAAGCAUUGAAGAAGAUUUAUACGAUGGACAAGUUUUGCAUAAAUUAUGGGAGAAACUGACUGGUAAAAAACUUGAUGUGCUAGAAGUAACACAGUCUGAGGAAGGCCAACGGCAAAAACUUGAUUUUGUGUUAAACGCUGUUAACCAUACAUUAGGAUUUCAUCAGAAGAUACCAAAAUGGUCGGUUGAAAGUGUACAUUCAAAGAACUUAGUGGCUAUUCUCCACUUAUUAGUAGCGCUGGCUCGUUAUUUUCGGGCUCCUAUUCGAUUACCAGAAAACGUUUUUGUUUAUGUUGUUAUUGCCCAAAAAAGUGGUGGCGUCUUGAAUGCACAGAAAUUUCGUGAACAAAUAACUUCUGAAUAUGAUGACGUAGGAAUGCGUUGUGACAAAGAUGCAUUCGAUACACUUUUUGAUUGCGCUCCAGAGAAAUUAUCUGUGGUUAAAAAAUCGCUUAUAACUUUUGUAAACAAACAUUUAACUAAGUUGAACUUUGAAAUUACUGAUCUGAAUUCAGAUUUUCGAGAUGGUGUAUAUUUAUGCCUGUUGAUGGGAUUACUAGGAGGAUUUUUUGUCCCAUUGUAUGAAUUCCAUCUAACACCGCAAGACAUAGACCAAAUGGUCUCAAAUGUGGCUUUUUCAUUUGAUUUAAUGCAGGAUGCCGGAUUGCCAAAACCGAAAGCUCGACCAGAAGCUCCUCCUUCGAUGCCGUCUUUAUCUCGUCAAGAGAAGCGUAACGUCGUCAUUUCAUGGGCCUCUUAAGUUUAGGGAACAAAAAAAAGUCACAGGGGGCCAGAUUUGGGGAAUACGGUGGCUGCGGCAUCAUUAGUGUGUUGUUUUUGGCCAAAAAGUCGCGCACAAGCAACGAUGUGUGAGCAGGGGCGUUAUCGUGGUGCCAUUUUUUUUAAUAGGUAAAAAUCGAAGACGAUCCAAAACGGCGGAUUGCUUCGCGCAAAUUGGGCAUAACUUGCAGGUAAUAUUCCUUAUUGACCGUUCUUCCCUGUGGCAAGAACUCAUGAUGCACCACGCCCCUGCAAUCGAAGAAAACUGUCAGCAAAACUUUCGCGAUACUUUUUGAACACACCUCGAAUAAUUAGAUACUAUAAUUUAGUUUACUUAUGCUUACUUAAAACAUAAAAAA